CACUGGAGAAGAUGGCAGAUAAUGCUGUGCUUGCUGAUUUGGUGAGCUUCUUGACUGAGAAAAUUGACAUUAUCACAUUAGAGAUUUGCACAUGCCUAUUACCACUUCUCACGGGGCUGCUUCAGAGCAAGUUGGAUAGGCAUCAAGAUAUUUCAUUAAACAUGCUGCUCAAACUUGUUAGAGUAUUUGGUCCACUGAUUUAUACUUCGUUGUCUACUCCAACAUCAGUUGGUGUUGAUAUUGAGGCGGAGAAAAGGAUGGAGCGCUGCAAUCUCUGCUUUAUUGAGCUUGAAAAAGUCAAGAAUCAUCUGCCUGCUCUUUCUAGAAGAGGAGGAUCCAUUGCCAAAUCUGCUCAGGAGCUGAGUCUUGCACUUCAAGAAGUUUCAUGAGUUUACUGUUAUCUCAAGGAAUAGCGAUCCAAUAUUUUGGUAAAGUAAUGAUGAUGGUGCUGAACUUGAGCUACCAUUGUAGAUCCGAAGCUACCUGCACUGCAUGCUUUUGUAUCUUGCCGUGCUAGAGUCCUGUGUAUUACAUUCCUGCCAGGAUUGAACACUGACUCUACUAAUUCCUUACAUUUUCACUGAUCAUUGAAAAACCUGUUCUACACUGCUGCUGAUUUAAUGUUGCUGCUAAUGAACCUGCUUGUUGGAGAAGGAUCCAUCGUACUUGCUCUCAUCUAACCCGACUACAUAUUAUUCUUUGUAAUUGUAGGUUUCUUGAGUGAAAUCAUGUAUCAGUUGUGAUAAUUAGUAUAUUAUGCAAGGGUGUCUAAACAAUAGCCCACUCAACUUUUUUGAGAUUGAGGCAGAGUUGAUUGAUAUAUGUAACGGUAUCUAAACCUUGUGGUA